UAGUUCUGCACAGCAGAUAAAGUCUCAGAUAUGAUUUCCUUAAUUGCAAGGAAGAUGAAAAGAAACCUUGCUUUUGGAGUAGAAAAAGUUGUGGUUGAAGCUCUUGAUUUUAAUAGGUCUAUCUGGAAAUGCUUUAAAAGCUUCAUACUUGUUGAUGCUCCUUCCCCACACUCAACAGGUAUUUCACCUGUGAGAACAAAAGGAAAUACUUACAAGAUUAUUUUUUUUGCCAAAGCAUGAGUGCAAUUCCAUGUAUCUGUUUGAAGUAACUUGCUGAAGCCUGGCAUCCCACCCCACUUGGAACUUCGUAGAGAGCUUAUUGUGCUAACAACAGGGAUAAACACUGAAGUGUCAUGAAACGUGUACGCACAGAACAGAUUCAGAUGGCAGUGUCCUGCUACCUCAAGCGUCGUCAGUAUGUGGACUCAGAAGGUCCCCUAAAACAAGGGCUGAGGCUGUGUCAGACUGCUGAAGAGAUGGCAGCUAAUCUCACAGUCCAAUCUGAAUCUGGUUGUGCCAAUGUUGUGUCUGCAGCUCCCUGCCUGGCAGAGCCACAGCAAUACGAAGUACAAUUUGGACGAUUACGCAAUUUUCUCACAGAUUCAGAUUCUCAGCACAGCCAUGAAGUGAUGCCUCUUCUGUAUCCCCUUUUCGUCUACCUCCAUCUGAACAUGGUCCAGAACGGCCUAAAAAGCACAGUGGACAGUUUCUACAGCCGCUUCCAUGGCAUGUUCUUGCAGAAUGCCAGCCAGAAGGAUAUCAUUGAACAGUUGCAGACUACCAUGACUAUUCAAGAUAUCCUGUCCAACUUGAAGCUUCGGGCUUUUCUGGACAACAAGUAUGUCAUCCGCCUUCAAGAGGACAGCUACAACUACCUUCUUCGCUACCUCCAAAGUGACAACAACAAUGCCCUGUGCAAAGUCUUGACCUUGCACAUUCACCUGGAUGUGCAGCCUGCGAAGAGGACUGACUACCAGCUCUAUGCUGGUGGGAGCUCCUCACGCAAUGAGAGCAAUGGCCUGGAACCCAGUGAUGUGCCAGCUUCCAUUCUGCAGAACGAGGCAGCACUGGAUUUACUGCAGGACAGUAUUAAACGUGUCAAGGAUGGGCCCCCUUCCUUAACAACCAUCUGUUUCUAUGCCUUCUAUAACACGGAGCAGUUGCUGAACACUGCAGAGAUUUCACCAAAUAGCAAGCUGCUUGCUGCUGGAUUUGAUAAUUCGUGUGUGAAGCUGUGGAGCCUGCGUUCCAGGAAGCUGAAAUCUGAGCCCCACCUCGUUGAUGUGUCCCACAUCCGUUUGGCUUGUGACAUCCUGGAUGAGGAGGAAGAAGAGGAUGACAGUGCAGGCACAGAAAUGAAGAUCCUGAGAGGACACUGUGGACCUGUGUACAGCACGAGGUUCCUUUCAGACAGUUCGGGACUCCUAUCUUGUUCUGAGGACAUGUCUAUCAGAUACUGGGACCUCGGAAGUUUUACAAACACUGUGUUGUACCAAGGACAUGCCUAUCCUGUCUGGGAUUUGGACAUUAGCCCCUGCAGUCUGUACUUCGCCAGUGGUUCCCAUGAUCGCACUGCAAGGCUCUGGUCAUUUGAUCGGACAUACCCACUGCGAAUAUAUGCAGGCCAUUUGGCAGAUGUAGACUGUGUCAAGUUCCACCCCAAUUCCAACUACUUAGCCACAGGCUCCACAGACAAAACUGUGCGCUUGUGGAGCACUCAGCAAGGCAACUCCGUACGUCUUUUCACCGGGCACCGUGGUCCUGUGUUAGCGCUUGCGUUUUCUCCCAAUGGUAAGUACCUGGCGUCAGCAGGUGAAGACCAGCGGCUAAAGCUGUGGGACUUAGCAUCAGGAACACUUUACAAAGAACUGAGGGGUCACACGGACAACAUAACCAGCCUUACUUUUAGCCCCGACAGCAGUUUGAUUGCUUCGGCUUCAAUGGACAAUUCAGUCCGUGUCUGGGACAUUCGGAACACUUACUGCAAUGCCCCUGCAGAUGGGUCUUCCAGUGAACUGGUUGGUGUAUAUACUGGACAAAUGAAUAAUGUACUGAGCGUACAGUUUAUGGCCUGUAAUCUUCUUCUAGUGACUGGAAUUGCACAAGAAAAUCAGGAACAUUAAUUAUUUUUUUUCUUAGGGAAAGGGAUAGGUGUACUGAAUGCAAGAGUCCAUUGCAAGAUGAUUACUGACUGUGAAACACUUCUUUUCCUCUGCCCCCUUGAAAAGCAUGUUCAUUCAGAGUGAUGCAAAUGCUUUAAAACGUCUUGCCCACAAAAAGGUCCUUGCUGUUCACAGAAUCAGAAUCACAGAAAACAUAUGGUUGGAAGAGACUUCAAAUCAUCCAGUCCAGCCCAGCACUGAAGGGUCAACACUAAACCAUGUCCCUAAACACCAGGUCCACACACUGCUUAAACACCUACGUGGGGUAGUGAGUUCACCACUGCCCUGGACAGACCAUUCCAUUGUUUGACAACCCUCCCUGUGAACAAAUACUUCCUAACAUCCAGCCUGAACCUCUCCUGGGGCAGUAUGAAACCAUUUCCUCUAGCCCUUUUGCUUGCCACCAAGGAGAAGAGAGGCUGUCCCCCUCUUGGUCCCAACCUCCCUUCAGGUAGAUGCACAGGGUGAUGAGGUCUCGGCCUCCUCUUCUCCACGCUGAACAACCCCAGCUCCCUCAGACACUCCUCCUAAGCUAUGUUCUCCAGGCCCUACAUGAACCUUGUUGCACUUAUCUGAACAUGCCCCAGAACCACAAUGUCCCUCUUGUAGUGAGGAGCCUAGAACUGAACACAACACUUGAGACAUGGCCUCAACAGUGUUGAGUACAGGGGGAUGAUCACCUCCCUGUUCCCACUGGCCAGUGUUUCUAACCACACAUCCUCAAGUCUGUAGCUUGCCAUGGGGUUGUAGUGACCCAGGUGGAGGAUGUGGCACUUGACCAUGUUAAACUUCAUACAGUUAGCCUUGACCCAUCUAACCUGUCCAAGUCCCACUGCAAAGCCUUCCUACCCUCUAGCAGAUCAACACAGCCACUCAGCUUGGUGUCACUGCAAAUUUACUGAGGGUGCACUCAAUCUCCUCAUCCAGAUCACUGACCGAGAUAUUAAAGAGGACAGGCCUCAGUACUGAACCCUGGGGGGACGCCACAAGUAUCUGGGCACCAGCCAGACUUAACUCCAUUCACCACCUCUCUUUGGGCCUGGCCAUUAAGCCAGUUUUUUAUCCAGUGCAGAAUGCACUUACCCAAGCCUUGUGGCCUGAGUAUCUGAAGGAGGAUGCUGUGCGAGACAGAGUCAAAGGCUUUACUAAAGUCCAGGUAGGCAAUGACCAUGGCAUUUUCCUCAUUACUAAACAGGUCACCUUGUAGGAGGUCAGAUUAGUCAGACAGGACCUGCCUUUUUUAAAGCCCUGUUGACUGGGCCUGAUUGCCUGGUUGUCUUCUAAGUGAUGUGUGAUGGCACUCAGGAUGACCUGCUCUAUGACCUUUCCUGACAGUGAGGUCAGACCAACAGGCCUGUAGUUCUCUGGAUCAUCCUUCCAGCCCUUGUAAAAAACCUAAAAAUUGAAUCUAGGAAAAAAAAAACAACAAAAAAAACCCAUAAUAAAACAGAGGAGAAGAGCCAAGGUUAGCCUCAAGGUGGUAGAGACCUUCAAGAAGUCAAGGUUGACCCUUCUAAGGUGGUUGAGGAGCCAAACUUGGCUCUUCCAAGGUAAUGGAAAUCAUAAAGGAGGCAAGAUAGACCCAUUCAAGGUGUUAGAAACAAUCAGGGAGCCAAGUUUAUUGAACAGGAUAAGGGAAAGAGUGAUGAAAAUGUGUAUAGAUUCUAGUUUUAUGCUUGUAGGGAUGGGGAGACCAAAAGCCUGGUCCAGACAAGUGAAACUGCCAACCAGAUAAGCUGCCUGUACUUAGAUAUCCUGCAUUGAUUAAUGGGCACAUCUUACCUACUGUUAACUGAGGCUUAAGUGUGUGGAUGACUACUGACCCAUUGUUUUCAUUUUGGUUUUGUUUAACUGGUUUCACAUAGGACCAUCAUUUAAAGACCCUUCUAUUAAAAGAACAUUAUGUUUUCUACAGUGACAGUGGUCCUAAAUAUUGCAGCUCCCUAUAGCACUUCUGGAAUAUUUUGGACUAUCUAGGUAGUAAAUACCAUCUUUGUUUUAGUAAGGAGAUGUGAAUCUGACCUCUCUGCAGACCAUUGCCAUUUGAGUUUGGUUCUGGGUAUUAGCUGUGGUGUUUGUGUUUAUGUUCCAUUAAUUAGGAAUCUUUCUGAAUCUGGUUGCACUGUGUUUCAAGGAUGGGAAGACAGGGAGGAAACAGUGGUGGCUUGAAGGGUAAUAAACGCCUUGCCUGGAGGGAGGGCACAACAGAACUAAAGCAGCUGACUUUGGACUGCUAAUGGAAAUGAGGCAUGUCACUACUGCACCUCACAGAAGUACUUCCAUAAAUGGGAUUUGGCAGCCUAGGGAGAGGAGGAUGAGGAGAGAGACACACACACAAAGUGACAUGGGAAAUAGUAUUACUAAAUUAUUGUGUGUACACAGAGGCAGCUCUGCCAGUUUGGGAUUUUUCUUAAAAUGUUCCAAUAUCAAUUUCAUGAACACUUUGUGAGAUAAAUCAUCAGCAUUUACAACAAGGAUCUGCAGAAAAAGCACGUUCUAGUUUGUUGUUUGGAGAGAUUAAAUAUUUCUGCUUUCUGGAAAGAGUUAUUUUGUAUUUUGUUUUCUAUUAAAAGCAUUUAGUUUAAAAAAUAA